CCCGACUGUACAACGAUCCAAAAAGAUACACAAGAGAUACAAGACAGCAAAUCAAUUAAUAACAUCUCUUGCUGCCCAUAAACCUAUUGACAUUCCAUUCAAAACUUCCAGUCGCAUUUGCAUUGACCACAAAGCUGCUUAAUUUGUCCCAGUCAUCUGCUUAAGACGGCAUCCUCUAAUUUAGACCUGGAUCUCUUUGCAGACGAAUGGAGGUCCCGCUGCUGGCCUUCCUGGUGCCCUUCAGCCCCGAACUGUGGAUCGCCAUCUUCGUGUCCCUCAACAUCACUGCCUUCAGCGUGGCCGUCUACGAGUGGCUGAGCCCUUUUGGCCUCAACCCGUGGGGACGCCAAAGGUCCAAGAACUUCAGCUAUGGCUCGGCGCUCUGGGUCAUCUGGGGGCUGCUCUUCUCACAUCUGGUCGCCUUCAAAGCUCCCAAGUCGUGGCCCAACAAGGUGCUCAUCAACGUGUGGGGCGCCUUCAGCGUCAUCUUCGUCGCCUCCUACACAGCCAACAUCGCUGCUCUCUUCGCCGGCCUCUUCCAGACACGCGACCACCACAACAGAAACGUCAUGUCGCUGCGGGUGGGCGCGUUGCGGGCCAGCUCCGCCGAGUACUACGUGUCCAAGAUCAAGCCGGACCUCUGGGAGCACAUGAAGCCACACCUCGUCAGCGACUUCACCCAAGGCCUCCAGAGACUUCAGGCUGGCACGCUGGAUCUCAUGGUGGGGGACUCGGCCGUGCUGGACUACCUACGAGCCAAUGACCCGGGCUGCACCUUGGCGCGCCACACGGAGGAGGACCUCGUGUCCGACACCUUCGCCAUAUCCAUGGGAAAAGGAUUCCCCCUCAGGGUGAAGAUCAACACCAUCCUGGCGCGGUACCUGGCGUCGGGCCACCUGGACCACCUGAAGCACAAGUGGUACGGUGAGCUGCCAUGCUUCAGCAGGAUCUCGGCGGACCUCUACAAGCCUCAGGCCCUCGAGAUCAGCACGGUGGGCGGCGUGUUCCUCAUGCUCACCCUCGGCAUUGGGGUGGGCAUCUUCCUAUUGUUCCUCGAGCACCUGGUGUACCGCUACGCUCUCCCCACCCUCAGGACCAAGCCCAAGGAGUCCCUCUGGCGGAACAGGAACCUCAUGUUCUUCAGUCAGAAACUGUACAAGUUCAUCAACUGCGUGGAGCUCGUCUCGCCGCACCACUCGGCAAAGGAGCUCGCCAACAGCCUCCGCACCGGCCAGAUAAUGGGGCUCUUCCAGAAGUCUGUUAAGAGGAAGGAGAACGAGCAGAGACGGAGAAGGAAAAGCAAAGCCCAGUUCUUCGAAAUGAUCCAGGAAAUCAGAAGAGUACAAAAAGAGGAGAAAGCUGAGCUGGUCAGCCCUCCGCCGGCCUCAACCACUACCACCACAAUCACCACGGCCACGGGGGACUCCAAGAGGCGGGCGUCUGUACCCCCACAUCCUCCGGAGGUCACGCCCGCGCCCCCGUCACCCUUCUCCUCCACCACCACCACCACCCAGGCGCCCAUCACUAUAGACUACCUCCCGGGUCCAAACCCUCACGAAGAUUCUGAGGGAAUCAUCGUCGUCAACAGCUCGGUGCCUCUGGGUUUAACGGAAGAGCAAGGCGGCAAGAGGGGCGCCGCUGAAGAAGCGGGGCGGGAGGACGACUCAAGCUCAGGGAUACUCAUUCUGAAAGUCAGCGACCCCGAAGAAGUGCUCGAGGCCAACACAUUCAACCAACAGCUGGAGGAGAUUCAGGCGCACAAAAUGCCUGGCGCGGCUGCGGAGUGCGGGGCGUGCACGUGUUCGGUUCAAGAAGACGGUGCCAGCCGCCGGAAAGCCUCUGGAGGCUGCCUAAAUUGUCUCCAGCGCCAGGAUAGCACUAGGGUAGCAAGAAGAGGUCCUGAUGGCACCUGUUACCCCUGCAGUAGCGGGGCGAGCACCAGAGAAAACCCAUUAAGUCCUUACCCCAUCCUGGUGGGGACAGCAAACGGCCUGCGUCACCGCGGCAGCGUGCCCGUUCCUGUCAGCCACCUUCCCUCACCUUCCCUUCGACCAGCCACCGCUCCCUCAACAGCCACACCCUCACCGGGAGUAGUACAGCAGACAGAUGUUCCCGAGAUCUUAGGCUGCGCCACGAGGUCACUGGAAGACCUUGACGCUCGUACGAGAACCUCUCAAGGCGAGAAGAUUUACGAGGGAGUACGGCUGGUGCCUCUUUCACAACAAACCGCCAUUAGAUCAUCUGGCUCCUUGCAGCUGGUGGCGGCGCUCUCUCCAGGUCGGGAAAGGAUCAACUCAGAUCUUCUUCGUCACGUGACCAAGGCCGACCUGUGGCAGCUGUGGCAGGACUCCGAGAAGGAACUCAGAGUCAGGCUGCGCCAAGCAGAAUCACAGCGGGACGAACUCGUCCGCCAGAUGUCCAAGGCGUCACGGGAUCAUCACACAUUGACAGAAGGAUCUAGUGAAGACUGGGAUACCAAAUCUAUGGAGGAUCCGUUAGGGGAGGCCAAAAAGCCCUAUGGAGCCGUGUCGCGGCUAGAUGAGGACGCGGGAGACAAACCAAGGCCGGCGAGAAGAAAGAGCAGGGAGAGACAGGCAGAUGAGAUGAGACAUAAAAACUCAAGGAGAGAUUCUUCUACAACUCCAAGAAAGAAAAAACGGCAAAGGUCCAAAUCACAUGAUUAUCUGGAAACCAGGAGAAGCUCAGAGUCUCUGGAGGAGAAGAAACCUUACCUUAAAUCAGAGGAAAGAGUUACUCCGCGUAAACACUCAAGCAGAAGGAAAAGAGACGUCAGCCAGGAUCGCAGGACAAUGUCAGAGGAAGGUCCAAGUCUCCAGCGACAACGAACUAUAGUACACCGGUCAGUCGAGGGUGCGAUUGACAACACUAGCCUGGUUGAUCCUCCAGGCGAAUACUGCUCCACGCCUCUACCUCUCCUCCGCUCCCUCCACCAGCAAACGAAGAGCGAUGCUGAGAGGAAUUAUGCUUUCCUCCAGUCCCUGACACCAGAGCGGAGGGAUGAAAGGGUGCCUCACGACACGUAUGGUGACCAAAUUCAUCUUAAAACAUUCUGCAGAGAGGUGAAAGGAAGAACCUGUGAAAGUGACGACCAAGUUGAGGAAGAGAGUCGCCUCAAGAAGUCCGAUGACGAGAAACUAUCAAUAAGGCGGCGGCGAGCAGGGCACCACGGGGCCGGCGGGCUCGGGGAGGCCCAGGCACGCAGGCCCCGCGAGAGGCAUCCAUCACGGGAACUUUACGAAGGGCUGCACAAGCGAGAGUCUUCCCUCCAACGAGACCCAAGGCAGUCGCUGCCCAGAAGACCCUACGAUCGGGAAGUCAGGGACCACAGCAGCCCUUACUCUGGAAGUCAUCGGCAUCAGCAGCCACAGCAGCAGCAACAACACAGUGGCCGGAGACACACGACCUAUGACAGUUCGUCAGACCAGGAGGAGACUUACUACUCUGCCACCCCUUCCUUGGAGCCUGGCCCUGCACGGGAGGCCCACGGGAGGCGCCAACCCCCCCAGCACCCCCCUUAUCCGCGAGGUUACGAAGGAAGAAGACCUGGUGACCGGAUGGAGGACCGAAGAAGCAGUGAGAGGAAACCCUUUAGGGAUGUGAGGGAGCCGCCGUGAGCUGCCCUUACCCCCUCGCCCACCCGCCUGGCUCCUCCCCUCAUCACCGCCACACACUCAGCAUCCAUCACAAGCAAGAUCAUCAUCCUUGUUCCGCGCAUCUUUACUCAUCGCCAGUCAUGUUUCUUGUUGAGUGAAGCAGCGAAUAUAACGCACAUGUUUCUUACUACAGUUGUAAUACGCUCAUAGUUUUCGCUCUGACGUCAGCAGCAGCAGCAGCCAUUUUUUGCUAAGCCUUUACUUGUCCAGUUGUAUAUACGUACGGGCGUGAUGGGAAUAUAGUGCGCUUAAUUUGAAUCACUUUGGUUUCGUGCUAUUUAGGCGGCAUUAUUCGUGGUGGCUGAUAUCAACAUGCCUUUACUAUGCAUCGUCACACUUCGUUGACAGCUUUGUGGACACUUAUUCCUUAUGC